CGCCAAACCUGACAGAUCCUGCUGACUGUCUGACCAACAAGGCAGCUCUGCUGGAGUGUGAGGUGAAGCUGUUUGUUGUUGUUUUUUCUUUUUCCUUUUUAUUUUAGAUAAAACAAGACAAACUUGGACAUAGUAAAACCAAGAAGAACAUUUGGACAAGACCGCACACUUGAAGGAUGCAGGACGGGAGUUGGAAUCAACCGCUCCCCAUUUCUGUGCUGCUCAAGGAGCCUGGAGCAGGUGGGACUCUAGAGGGAGAUGGGAGGCUUUUUUCUGAGGCCUCUUCUGAUGGAGAACACWACCUCGACUCAGCGACAGAGCUGGAUUCUGGAGAUGGAGACUUUGCAGACCUUACUGCCUUCCUGACUGCUGAGGAGAUUAACCAUAGCCUUGACCUGGCCCGGGAGGCCUUUAGUGAGUCGUGUGACUCUGAAGAAGCAGACUCCUCUAGUCUUAUAAAACCGGAGCGGGCUCUUCAACCUGUCUCAUCCCCUUCUGUGACCCCUCAAAMUAAUGAAAACCUCAACACAACCCCGCAGCUCCAGACCAAAGCCCUGUGUCCAGAUGAUAAUGUARCAGUUUCAGUUUCCUCCUCUCUCAGUAAACCUGUACAGAUGUCAAAUGAAGCUCAGGGUUCUGGUGAGAAGGUCAUCCGCCACAAACCCAUCCAACCAGUGUAUAAGCAGGAUAAACCCAGACUAGUUCACCAAGGCCUGGAGCUGAAUGAACGAGCUGCUUCGGUCACAGAGUUUUGCAGCCGGGCUGCCACUUUCAUCGAGGAGCUGUCCUCCAUUUUCAAAGGUCCUGCUCAUUUAGAGCAGCAGCUGGAGGAGGAGUCUUCCUCUCCUGACAGUGGGUAUCUGUCUCCAAGAAACCAGCAGGCGGUCCUUCAAGGCUCAGCCUGUGCUCGUGCCUUACCCUCUGGCCAAGAGGAAGAUGCACAGCUCAGCCAGCAAGAAGCAGGCCCUCACCCAGGAAGGCAGGGAGCUCAAACCGAGAGGCACCAACUUUCUGGGGUUCCAGCAGCAUUAGGKCCCCUGUCUCCUCCUCAGUUCCUCCAGAAGCUGAAGAGUCAGGAAGUGGCAGAAGGAAGUCCCAUUCGUCUGGAAUGCAGAGUCAGAGGAAACCCACUGCCUCUCGUCAGGUGGUUUUGUGAAGGUCGUGAACUGCAAAACUCCCCAGACAUACAAAUCUGGAGGGAUGGUGGUCUGMACACGCUGGUGAUUGCUGAAGCUUUUGAGGACGACACAGGACGUUACACUUGUGUGGCCUCCAACAGUCUGGGAGCUGACAAUACCUCAGCUGAGGUGUAUAUAGAAGGGGCAUCGUCAUCAGACUCAGAAGGAGAAGGAGCAGCAUCCAAGUCAAGAUCAGGAGCCAUGCCUCAGUACGUUUCUUUUAACCCCAGGAGCAGAGCACAGAAAAAGUGUACAUCAAUGUCCCUUACAAUACGCUCAUCAUCACCCAAAACCUCAGAGGUCCUUCCUCAUCGCUCCACCCUGGUUCAGUCCAUGUCCCAGCCUCCACCUCGGAUGCAGAGCCCAGUGGUGCCACUGCAUGGUGGUGAGUUGGCAGCUCCUCCUCUGUUCACAAAGCUCCUGCAGGAUGCCCUGGCGUCAGAGGGCCAGGUGGUGGUUCUGGAGUGCAGGGUUCGUGGAAGUUCUCCCUUGCAGGUCCAAUGGUACCGGCAGGGAAAUGAAAUUCUGGACUCCCCUGAUUUUCGCAUUCUCCAGAAAAAACCUCGAUCUGCAGCGGAGCCAGAGGAGAUCUGUACCCUGGUGAUUGCUGAGGCCUUUCCAGAGGACGGGGGUCUGUUCUGCUGCACAGCGUCCAACAUUUACGGCUCCGUCAGCAGCACAGCUCAACUCACUGUCACUCCAGUUGAAGACUUGUCCAGUAAAGGUCUGUCUGGAGACAGCUCAGAGUUUGAGGAUGCCGCUUCCUUCCCUCCUCCUCCACCACCCACAGAGAUCAGCCUCCUGGAGCUCCCACCUAAGAUGCUUCCUCAGCCCGGUUCUGACGCUCUCCAUGUUAAGGAGCUGGAAAUCUGGCCCAGCGUAUCAGUUCUGCCUCCGGUACUAAUGAACUCACAGGAAGAGGUUAAAGAGCAGGAAGCUCUACAGAGAAGUCAAUCCCCACCACCACCRUUACCACUAUGUUUACCUAAAGAGACAGCACUCUCACCUCCACCUGUGCCACAGUCUGACCCUGGGCCAGAUCYCCCAGCCACAGCACCAAGUCACACUGCACUGGACUCUACUCCCACCUCAAAGCUGUCUCCAACUCUUGGGAAAGAGGCUCCUCCGCUGCCAACCAAACCAAAGCCAAAGCUGAACGCGUCUCAACUGAAGCAGCUGCAGGACCAGGUUCUGUUGGAGCAACGGCAGCAAGAGGAGCAGCAGAACCAGGAAGUCCCGCCUCCGCCCCAGCAACCGAUCCAGGAAGUGCCUCUGCCCCCUCCGCCCUCUCCUCCUCUCCCCCCUCCUCCCUCCUUCCAGGAGCUGGAGAGCAGCACAGCCAUGCAGGCCAGCACCUUUAACUACGCCCGGCCCAAGCAGUUCAUCGCCGCCCAGAGUCCGGGUGGGGCGGGCUUCACCCCCCAGUCCUCCGGCUCCUCCGGGUCCAGCCUGUCAUCCCCCCUGUCCCCUCCCGCCUCCCACAAGCCCUUCAGCAGAGUCACCCUGCCCCCUUUCACCAAGGACAGCGGUGUGGAGUCUCCGAGUUCCCCCUCCUUCCCCCCUCCACCUCCACCUUUUCUCAGCUCCAGCAACCUGCCCUCGCCAUCGGGCUCCGCCCAGGAUUUCCCCCCUCCCCCGCCUCCUCCCCCUCCACCUGCCUCAGCCUCUCCGGCUUUCUCAGACAUGUCCUCGCCUUUCUCCUCUGUGCCUCCGUCCCCCGCCUCCAGCUUCCUGUCAUCAGUGUUGCCCACCACACCCUCCACACCCGGCAGCCCAACCGUCAACAGCCUGGGUCUCCCAAAAGGCAACGGGACAGUUAAAAUAUUUCCCAGGAAGUCGUCGGUCACCAAAACCCCUCGAGCCGUCUCUGACUCAGAUAUCCAGGGCUCAAAGGAUGCUGUCAUCCAGGACUUGGAGAGAAAACUUCGAUUUAAAGAGGAGCGCAUCAGCAACGGUCAACAGAGGCUAACCUAUGAGGAGAAGAUGGCUCGCAGGCUGCUGGGGGCCGACAAUGCUGCCACAGUCUUAAACACACAGGACACAGAGGAGGAGCCUGUCACACAGGAGUACAAAGUGUCUAGCUUCGAGCAGCGUCUGAUCAGUGAGAUCGAGUUCCGGCUUGAGCGCUCUCCGGUGGAGGAGUCGGACGACGACGUUCAGCACGAUGAAGACUCCGCUGGUCGGGGGGUGGGGCCAUCCUUUGACCAGAAGCUCAAACACUACAAAGUGUUUGAGGGCAUGCCCGUCACAUUUUCCUGCAAGGUUAAAGGAGACCCCAAACCAAAGGUUUACUGGUUCAAAGACGGCAAGCAGAUCUCAAAGAGGAGCGAACACUACAGGAUCAGCCGAGACCCAGACGGUACCUGCUCUCUGCAYACCGCCACAGCCUCACUGGAUGAUGACGGCAACUACACUGUCCUCGCAGCAAACCCAGAUGGCAGGGUGAGCUGCACUGGCAGGAUGAUGGUGCAGGCAGUAAACCAGCGCGGCCGCAGUCCUCGAAUGGCGCCUGGACACAUGCGCAGGCCCAGGUCCAGGUCCAGAGACARCGGUGAUGAGAACGAUAACAUCCAGGAGCGUCACUUUCGCCCUCACUUCCUGCAGGCGCCUGGUGAUCUCAUCGUCCAGGAGGGCCGCUUGUGCCGGAUGGACUGUAAGGUGAGCGGCCUCCCCACGCCUGACCUYAUCUGGCAGCUGAAUGGGCAGACCAUUGGGCCCGAUUCUGCCCACAAGAUGCUGGUGCGGGAGAACGGCGUGCACUCGCUGGUCAUCGAGCCUGUGACGAGCCAUGACGCAGGUAUCUACACCUGCAUCGCCAGCAACCGAGCCGGCCAGAACUCCUUCAACCUGGAGCUCAUUGUUGCAGCUAAAGAGAUGCACAAAGCCCCUUCAUUCAUCGAAAAGCUUCAGAACACAAGCGUCGCUGAGGGGCAUCCUGUGCGACUGGAGUGCCGGGUGGCAGGGGUUCCCCACCCACAGAUCUUCUGGAAGAGGGAGAAUGAAUCAUUCACACACAACACAGACAGAAUCAGCAUGCACCAGGACAACUGCGGCUACCUGUGUAUGAUAAUCCAACCGGCUCUGAAGGAAGAUGCCGGCUGGUACACCGUCUCUGCCAGGAACGACGCGGGCAUCAUAUCCAGCACCGCUCGCCUUGACGUUCACGCUCACUGGCAACAGCCGAACCUCCCCAAACCCAAGAAGGUGCGUCCCUCCACCAGUCGCUACGCCGCGCUGACAGAGAGAGGGCUAGACGUGAAGGCGGCCUUCUUUCCUGACUCCAGCCCGCUGCAGCCCGGCGGCCUGGUGGAAAGUGACGACCUGUAAGAGACGCAAAGAAGACCCCCCCCUCCCCCCCAAGAGCUGCCAGCACACCUGAGACACACACUUAACAAAACAAGGAUAGACAGAAUAAAACCCUGUCUACCACUACUGAACCACGGAUACAAAAAGCAAAGGGUCGGUGGGUCAAAGGCAAUGAAGCAGCUCUGGUUUUUAUACAUUAUAAACUCCCUCUUCUCCCCCGCCGUUAUACAAGAAAACUUCUGGAAAACGAUCGAGGCGCUUACAACAAGCAAAGACUUGAAAUAUAAACUGCUGCAAAGACAAAACGAUGCAACUUAGACUCACUAUGCAUGUUCAAGUGGUGCCAUUUUCACAAACAUCACUUGUAUCAGUAGGUAGCACUUUUCCCUAGGACGUGUAGAGGACGACGACGUAUCGGACCAGAAAGUAAGAGAACGAAGCUUGCUACUGGAAAACCUUUAGUAGAAAAGAGAAAUUUGUUGAAAAGGCUGUCUCUGAGCUGAAGUUAAGGAAAGUUUCUGACAGGAAGUGAAAAAGCAGGUUGAUUAAGAAUUGAUAAACAGAAGAAAGUUAGUGCUAUUGGCUCAGUUUGGUGAUUAUCUUCUGUUUUAAUUUUAGAAGGUUGUCAUGAAACAUUCUCACGCAAAUUUUUUUUAAAAAUACUGUGAACGUGUGUUUCUCACACACAACCCCAAUUUUUUCAUUUUAUUUUUGUAUGAAAACAAAAAAAAAAAGAUUCCCAGAACAAACAGGGGYUAAAUUAUAUUUCUGAUCAUCUAAGGAUCCUGUCUGGGUAAUUCAAGUUUUAUAAAUGUAUUUACUGCCUUAAAUUACUUCAGUUUAACACUUUUUUCUUUGCAUGUUACUUUUGGACACUUGUAUAGUGCCAAGCAUCUUUACCUGGAUAAAAAAAACUUUUUUCAGUAUUGAUGGGUAAUGAACAAUCAAAGUAAAAUAUGAAAGUUUAAAUAUAUUUCUUGUCUCCUCUGUAGUACUUUACAAAAAAGACUUUUGUCUUUAUCCAGUGCCUUCAUCAGCUGAUAUUUCAGUGCUGGCACAGUUUUAGCCAAUCAGUUUCUGUUGAUGAAUUGUUGUAAUGUUAUUUUAGGUUCAGAACUGUAAUAAAAUUCAAGCUCUUCUGAAA